AGAAUGGGUAUCAUCGGUAUUCUUUAAAGUCGGAAAAAUUUUCAGUUAUCAUACAUGCACACAUAUUCAGCGAAAACAGCAGAAAACAGCAAAACAAAAAAGAAAAAUAUAUAAACGACAUUGUAAAGGACUUUUGGUUUUCCCUAAAAUUUUUCUUAUUGUUUUAGUUGUUGAUUGUUUUCUAUUACCGUUGUUUUUUUUUUAUAUAUAUAAAUUUAUUAUCAAUCUCAUUACUGAUCGCGGUGCCGCUUCACGAAAGAUAUUAUGAAACCACUAAUAUUAUAAAAUUUCGAAAAAAGUAAAAAUAUAUAUAUAAAUAAUUCUAAACAAGAAAAGUGAAAAAAAAAAUAAAAAUAUUAAAAAUUAAAGAACAAUUCUGAAAUAUUAAAUAAAAUACCGAAAAAAAACUAAGAUUAUAGUGAAUUCAAACAAAACAUACACACAUAGCAAUCUACGCACUGUAAAUUUUUUUACUCUGUUUUUAUUUGCAAUUAUAAAAAAGAAACAAAAGACAAAAAACUGUGAAAACAAAAAAUUAACAUCCUAUAAUCGAGUUAAAAAAAAAUUUAAAUCAUAAAUAUAAGAACAAGAAAAGGGCGUGAAAAUCAAAAAAAAGUAAUACAGACAAAAAACCAGAUAUGAAUAAACUAAUUCGUCAAGUAUCAAUUGAGUCACCGGCAACUCAGAGCAAAGAUUGUGUAUUUAGUUUUUCGGUCCCUGUACCAGAUACACCACCAAAAGGUGCACGAAUUAAAAUUGUAUGUGCUGGUGCAUGCUAUCGCCGAAAUCGUUCAUCAUCUAUAACGUCAAUCUCAUCUAUAUCAUCAGAUCUGAGUGACUAUACAGGACCAAUAGGUUUGCAACAUCAAACUUCAAUCACAUCAACAACAUCUUCAUCACCAUGUCACAUAUCGGGUGUUCGAGAUGGUGCAUUAUUUCCUGGUUUCGAGGUAGCUGGUACAAUUGAAUCUCUUGGAUCUGAUGUUAUUACUAAUGAAUAUGAAUUGAAAGUUGAUCAACGUGUUGUUGUGUAUCCAUUUGAAGAUGCACCAAGCGGUUAUGCUGAAUUAAUGGUUGUACCCGAUUUAAAAUACAUUGUACCAAUACCAGAUACAUUACCAAUAAGUGUUGCAGCAAUGUUACCGUCUGGUGCAUUAUUAGCAAUGAAUGCUGUUAUAUCUGCACAGGAAAUAAUUAAUAAAUUAUUAUCAGAACGUGGUAAAGAUUCAAAAUGUAAAAUAUUAAUUGUUGGUACUGGUGGUUUAGCAUUAUGGGCUUGUCGUAUCGCAAAAUAUCAUUUUGGUAAUUCUGAUUGUAAAGAUCGUGUUCAAAUUACUGUUGCUAGUUUAAAAGAUGAAGGCAUUAAAUUGGCACAAGAAAUUGGAAAUAUAAAUGUUGUUCAGUGGAAUGAGGAUCUCUACGAAAAACAAUUAAUUGAAAGAACAAAAGAUGCAUGCGAUGGUCCAGUUGAUGUAGUUAUUGAUUUUGGUACAACAUCACGUAGUUUACACAGAUCAAUGCAAUGUUUAGAAAAGGGUGGCACUGUAUUAAUUAAUGAUGAGGUUGCUGAAAAACUAUUACCAAAAUUUGCUCGUCUUGCACAAGAAAGUAAAAUAAUAAUAACAGCUGUAUCAAAUGGUACAAUUGAACAAUUUCAUGAGCUAGUAAAAUUAGUUGCUUCCAAGAAGAUUGAGCCCCCACCAUAUUCUGUGUUUCCAUCUGAUCAAGCGCCUGAAGUUGUAAGAAAAUUAUGCGCUUCGGAGAUACCAGGACGGGCAAUAUUACGAUUCCAUGAUAUCGAAUAAAAUAUUAAAACAUAUUUUAUAAUUAUACAUACUAUUUCAUUUAAUAAACAAACAUAUACGCACUCAUGUAUAUAAUAUUACAUAUAUACAUAUAAAUAAUUAUAUAAGAAUGCAUUGAUUCUUUCAUUAUUAUUUUUAUGUUUUCAUUUAUCAAAAAUAAUAUUGUAUUAAUUCAUUUUUAAUAUAUGUAACAUAUACAUAUACGUAUGUAUAUAUUUUUAGUCAUACAAAAACUAGAACAAGUAAAUUUUUUUACCAUCAAAAGUAUUGAAGAAUUAUUAUUGAAACUUUAAACAAAUAUUAAAAACAGUCGCAAAACGGAUUUUCAUGCAUAUGUAGAAGUAAAUGUACCUAUUAUAAAUUUAUAAAUUAUUUACUCCCAUUUAUAAACUAUUUACUUUUUUCACAGGGAUUAAUUUAAAAUAAUAAUAAUAAUUAAAGUUUGUUUUUAUCAACUUAAACUGUUAUUUAGGAAAAGAACUCAAAAAUAAAAUGAGAAUUAUUAAAUAUACAUAAAUUCAAAGUAAUAACCAAUUCAUAAAACUUAAGUAUUCUACGAAAACUUAAACUAGACUUAAAAUUUAUAUUAAAAUAGUUAGGAGCAUUCUAAUAUCCAGAGAAAAUGAUUUUAAAUAUCUAUAAUAAAAAGAAAAUAUUAAGAGACAUUCUAAUAUGCAAAGGAAUUCAUUUCAGGUAUCUGUAAUAAAAUUUAGUAAAACGGUCUAAAAAGUUGCCAUAUUUUGAUCUUUUGAUAUUUGAAUAAACUGUAGACACCAACUUUUUACACAGUUUUUUUUUUUUUCCUCUAAACUUUGACUUUUCUUCGAUUGUCGAAUAAAUCUUUUUACAAAGUUAGUGUCCAUACUUUUUACAGCAGUAAAGAAAAGAGUGAAAAUUUCUUUUACAUCUCAUAUCGCCACAUAAAUUGAACAAAAGUGAUUCUCAUAAAUAUUAUUGAAAAAUGUCACAUGACUAUCAAAUGUUUUUUGAAAACAACUGCUGUUUGAAAACUAACUCUGUCGUUACAUGACUUUAAUAUUCGACUCUUAAAAUAAAUCACCAUUUGAUAUUGUAAUUAAAAGUUGUAUUUUUUGUGAUGUCCAAGAAUUUUCACUAUUUAUUUAUAAAACUUAAAUAAUCUUUUCUAAAUACAAAAAAUAAUACAAAUAAACACUUAGUUUAACUCACUAUCAGUAUUGUCAUCUGAUUCUAAAAAAUAAUUAUCGUCACUCGUUUUUGAAUGUAAUAUUUUUAAAAUGCAAAGACGACCGAAUCUAUGCUGCAAAAUUUAUUGUCACAAAAAUAGUUUAUAGUUUAUAAAAUUUCUGGCCUCGAUUAGGGCUUUUGAUUCUACAUUAGAAAUUGUUUUUUUGUUUUUAUUUGAAUACUGAUUUUACAUUUUUAAAUUUUCGUUUUUUAAAGUAUGCAUUUAUUAAUUGUCUGUUUCAACUGUACUGCGACUAUUUGCGACUGUAUUAUAAAUAUAAAGUAAUAAUUAAUAAUAAUAGUAAUAUAAUAAAGUAAUACUACCAUGCUUUUUUCAUCUAUGAUAUUUUAACAAAACAUUGGCUUGAAUUUUUUUUAAAUCAACUUAAGACAUUUUAUAUAAUUAAAAUAUUAUUUUAUACUAAAAAUUCUUUUAAAAUUAGACCAAAUAUAUUUUUAAUGUUUUGCUAAAACGCAACUGAUGCAUGGGUCUUUCUGGGAAUGCAGUUCUCUAAAGUUAAAACUGUAAAACAUUAAAAGCUUUUUCGUACAUGUAACUUUGGAAGUUUUGCAGUUCUAAUUUUAUGAACUGAAUAGUUAAGAAUACCAUAUUUAUGUCAUAAAAAUAUAAAGAAAAAGUCGCGUUCAUAAAAACCGUUUUUAAAUAAAUAACGGUGCAACAACGGCAUGUGUACUUUUAACUAAUAAAAAUUUGUUUAAUUUUAAUUAAGUAUUUAAAAAAAAUAAUUAAAAAAGUAAUUCUAUUUUACUUUAUUAAAUAAACUAUAUACUUUUCAAUUUUGAUUCUUCCAUAACAAAAAAUAAAAUAAAAUAAAUAAAAAUUUACUUUCAUCGAAAACUAAAUGUCAAAUUAAUAUUAUAAAAAAAAAUACAUAAUAAAUCACAAUAAUGUUAAUGUAUUGUUGUUUGUAUUCCAUAAUUGCGCUUUAUUGUUAUAUUUAAAAUAAGUCAGAUUAUUUUUUGUAAUUGAUCCAAAAAAAAAAUUGAAAAUUUAAAUUUUCAAUGAAUUUUUAAUUUCAAUUUUAAAAUAUAUUUUUUGAAACUAAUUAUUUGUGCUUUAUGUAUUCACAAAAAGAAAAAGGAAAACCUAAAAAAAUAUCAUAACAUUGUAAGUGAAUUAAAAUUUAUAUUCUCAUUUAUUUCACAAAAGAAAUUAUUAAAAAAUUUAAUAUUGUGCUUGAAAAGUUUAGUAAAACCUAAAAAACAAAAAAAAAGAAAUUUAAUGUCUUGAAAAUAUAAAACUAUUUUGUGUAGAAAAAAAACACUAAUUGUCUGUUAGUAAUAAAUUAGUCUGGGAGUAAAAAAAAAAAACAAAAAAAGCUUACACAGUCACAUCUUAAAAAAUUAUAGCUUAAUUUACGUACAUGGAUAAAUUUUUUCAAAACCAAAUUCUACCUCAGUUACAUUGACGCAAAAACAAUAUUAAAUUCACAUAUUAUGCAAAAUAUUGAAACAUACAUGUAGAAUCCCCAAAAUUUGUUGUCACUGUAUAGUGCUAUUUAAAUUAUCAAUUUUUUUUUCAAAAUUCUGCAUAUUAGAAUAAGGUUGUUUUCUUUCAAAAAUACUAAUUAUUAACUGUUAACUAGAAAUUUGAAUACUAAGGACAUUUUAAACCUUCUUAAAUUUUAAUUGUAUGCCAAUCUAAAUAAAUGUGUGCCAAUAAAGGCAUAAUUUUAAAUCUGAUCUUUUUCAAUUCAUGUGAAACUUGUGGAAUUUCAAAUUUCUUUAUUUAUUAUACGUCAUACUCCAAAAUUCUUAGUAAUUUGUGUGGAAUAACGAUCAAUUUAUUGAGUUCAUACUCAACCCCCAUCGCACCAACUCUCUACUAUAUAUAAUCGCUUCUAUAUUAAGUUCAAAACUUUAGAGGUAGCAAAAAUCAAAAUCCCUUCGAAAAUACAAAUAGGGAGUUGUUAUCAUUAUUUUUGUCACUUACGUUAUAGUGAACCUAUCAUUUUUGAUGUCUUCAUCAAAAAACAAGAUGAACUGUCAAAAAUAGUUUCCAUUGUGAAUUGCAAUUUUAUAUGAAGAAAAAAUUCGGUGUCGGUUUUUCAUUCAUUUUUGCUUUCAUUCACCGUUUUGCGACAAUGGUAAUACAGAGUCCAUAAUAUUCUUCCUAGUAAUAUUCACAGUACAUAUAGUAAACUCAAGGCAAUUGAGGUUUAAUUAGGUAUCUGGAAAAACUAAUGCAUUGUAAAAAGUGAACAGUUUUGACACGAAGUGAAGUAAAAGUGACUUCAGAAGUUUCAUUUCACGAAAUAUUCAAAUUGUCAUUUAUUUACAAACCACAAAUCUCCGACUUUCAUAGUACAACUUUUUAUAUUAUAAUUUGUAGUGUAAAAAAUUGAAGUUUCGAGUCACGUUUAAGUUAAUUUUUAUUUAUUCUCAAUUUGAUUUUUCUUUCCUAAUAAUUUAAUGUUCAAAAAAAAAAAAAUAUCAAUGUUUGAUAAAAAAAAGAUUAACUGUGUUCUUCUUUCUUUUUUUCUGAAAAAUAAAAAUGGAAAAAAAAAAUUAAAUAAGAAAUCAAAAAAAUAAAAAACAAUAAAAAAAAUUAUCUAUAUUUAAAAUAUUUAAUUAUAUGUAUAAAACGGAA